AUGGGAAGGGGGAGUAGCAAUCCAAUUGAUGUUGUGGAUCCAAGCUGGGAGUUUUCUCAGUUGCGGAUUGGUCAGAUAUUGGUAUUGCCUCCUUAUCAACACAAGGGUUUUGGACGAUACCUUCUUGAGGUUUUCAAUGAUGUUGCAAUAUCUGAAAACGUCUAUGACCUAACAGUUGAAGAACCAUUGAAUUACUUUCAACAUGUACGCACUUGUGUUGAUGUACUGCGCCUUCAUAAACACACUCCUCGACUCAUGCCAGACACUAGAGUCAUUGAGGAUGUCCGGAAAAGUUUGAAAAUCAACAAGAAACAGUUUCUUCAGUGUUGGGAGGUUUUCCUUUAUCUCGGCCUUGAUCAUGUGGACAGCUAUAUGGAUGAUUUUGUGGGAAUUAUUUCUAAUCGCAUGAAGGAAGAUCUUAUCAGAAAAGAUUCUGGGACUGGUGGGAAGCAAGUGAUUGAAGUUCCAAGCAAUUAUGAACCCGAGAUGUCAUUUGUGAUGUUCAGGUCACAAGCUGGUGAAGCUGCUAGUACUGUUCAGAUAGAUGAGAAUCAACCAAAUCAGGAGGAGCAACUCCAGCAGUUAGUUGAUGAGAGAGUGAAAGAGAUCAAAUCAAUAGCCGAGAAAGUGUCUGUGCAGCUCUCUAUCAUUGCUGAGGCAUCAUAA